UAUGAAUUCCCACGCUUUGCAAAGAUGUAGACUGAAAUGUGAAUAAAUAGCUAUCUACGAUAACCGAAAAUGGGCGGGUUCUUGUCAUUAUCUGCUCCUCCGUUGACGGAGGCCAACCUCCAGGACCAGGCUGGCAAGGUAUUCGUAGUAACCGGUGCAACAUCCGGGUACGGCCUCCUCCUAGCCAGAAUCCUCUACCAACGCAACGGCAAAGUAUACAUCGCAGCUCGCGACACCGCGAAGCUACAGCAAGUCGCAGACAAUCUCAAACACGACUUCCCCAAUUCCACCGGCGAAGUGCACUUUUUCCACCUUGAUCUCUCCGACCUGUCAACCAUCAAAGGCUCCGCAGACGCAUUUCUGGCCAAGGAAAGUCAACUCCAUGUACUCUGGCAUAAUGCCGGAGUCAUGAUCCCUCCCCAGGGGUCCAAGACUAAACAGGGCUAUGAGCUUCAACUUGGGACAAACAACAUCGGCCCAUUCCUGUUGACCAAGUUCCUGUAUCCGGCUCUGGUGAAGGCUGCUGCCGGUUCACCUGCCAACUCCGUCCGUGUUGUUUGGGUAUCAUCUAGCAUGGCCCCCAGAGCUCCCAACCCUGCUAUUGAUUUCACAAACCUUGAUUAUCACAAAGAUGAAUGGGCCUGGGUAAAGUACUCGCGAAGCAAGGCAGGAAACGUGCUCCAGGCGACAGCGCUAGCUCGACGUGCUAGAGACGAUGGUAUCGCAAGCUUGGCACUCGACCCGGGAGUUGCCAUCACUGGCCUGCAGCGUACCAUGUCAAGUUGGUUAUACGUCAUCAUUCGUCUCAUAUCGAACAAGCCGGAGAUUGGGGCGUAUACCCAGCUCUAUGCAGGCCUCCAACCCGACCUUGACAUCCAGAAGCCUAAGACAUGGGUUGUUCCCUCAGGAAAAUUGGUAGGUGGCCGAGCGGACCUCUUUGAUGAUGAGGCGAGCGAGAGAUUCUGGGAAUGGAACGAGGAACAGGUCAAGCCAUAUGUCUAAGUCGAAGAGUGUUCCAAGUGUGCGCAAUCCAUGUGAUAUAGUAGCUCGUAAAGGGGUUAAGAUCUACCUCCGUUUAUCUCCGGGCUGUUGGCGGCAUCUCGCGAUGCAGUCAAGCAUCCCAUCCAUUUGCC